AUGCAGAAGACAGUACACGAAGGGGGAAGGAGGAAUGGGAAGACCGAGGAAACCAAGCAAGACGAGGAGAAUGAUACAAAAGAGGAAGAGAAGACCUGGAAGGACCGCUUCCGAAAAUCACCUUGCGAAAUAUUUGCAGAGACCAUCAACGGAACGGCCGUGAGAGAGAACACUUUAUUCACAGGAUUCGUUGAGAAGGUUGAAGAUAAGAAGAAUGGUAAUGGUAUUGGCCCCAAGAAGAUAAAUAACAGAGAUGGAGUCAGCAGCAAAGAUAAAGUGAAUGGUGUUACAUUCAGCAACAAUGAGCUGGAGCACGAAGACGACGAUGGUGAAGAGAAGAAAGAUUGGAACGCGAUCUACGACGCUGCAUUACUCUUGAAAGAGGUUAAGGAUAUUCGGGACGAACUCAAUAUGAUCAAAAUGGUGUUGACUCAGCAAAAACUUGUCUGGGAAGAACUAUUGGGCCAAGGAGGCCAAAUGAGUCAAGCGAUGAAGAAUAGCCUGGGAACGGAAAGAAAUUUGGCCGAUAUUCUCAAGGAGGUCGUCGAGAUGGACAGCAUUGCCGAAACGAUUCAAACUUCAGUGAGAACCAGCGAAAGUACUCCAGAUAUCAACAUUUCUAAUCUUGAUGCAGGUCAAAGAAACUCUAGAUCUUGA